AUGGAGACCGUGAUCCGCAAGGUGAUGCCGCUGCUUGGGGACACGGACGACGCGAGCAGGAGGCUGGGCGCUACUGAAGCUCUCUUCCGCAUCGUUGACGUCAUGGACAUGGCGGUGCUCCCCUUCGCUAUCUUCUUCGUCGUCCCCAUCCUCGGACGCAUGUCUGACCCUCACCCCGCUGUGAGGCAGACCGUCACCAAGUGCUUCGCCACGCUGCUGCGCCUCCUCCCUCUGGAAGCUGGCAUCCCUGACCCUGAAGGGCUGAGCCAGGACCUGAUCCUGGAGAAGCAGAAGGAGAGAAGGUUCCUCGAGCAGCUGCUGGACACUUCCAAGAUCGACAACUACGAGAUCCCCGUCAAGAUCGCGGCAGACCUCAGGAGGUACCAGCAGGAGGGCGUCAACUGGAUGGCCUUCCUGAUGAAGUACCAGCUGCACGGGAUCCUCUGCGAUGACAUGGGACUGGGCAAGACCCUCCAGACCAUCUGCAUCAUCUCCUCCGAUCACCAUAACAGGAGGAAGAAGUUCGCCGAGAACCGCGACCCAGGCAGCGCUCCCCUCCCUUCCCUCGUCGUCUGCCCUCCGACCCUCGUCGGCCACUGGGACUUUGAGAUCUCCAAGUUCCUGCCGGACCAGGCGCUGCAGUGCGUGCAGUUCGUGGGGUCCCCGAGCGAGCGGUCGGCGCUGCAGGAGACGAUCACGAAAGGAGGAGACAUCGUCGUCGUCACCUCCUACGAGACUCUCCGCAACGAGAUCGACUUCAUGGGCAAGUUGACCUUCAACUACUGCGUGCUCGACGAGGGGCACAUGAUCAAGAACGCCAAGUCCAAGACGACACAGGCGGUGAAGGCGGUUAGGGCCAACCAUCGCCUCAUCCUUUCCGGCACUCCCAUCCAGAACAACGUGCUCGAGCUCUGGAGCCUGUUCGAUUUCCUCAUGCCUGGAUUUCUGGGGUCCGAGAAGUACUUCAACCAGGCCUACUCGAAACCCAUCCGAGCCUCCCGCAACGCCAAGUGCAGCUCGCAGCAGUCUGAGGCCGGAGCUCUCGCGCUCGAGGCUCUUCAUCGUCAGGUGCUGCCGUUCAUGUUGCGGCGCACUAAGACGGAGGUGCUGUCGGACCUGCCGCCCAAGAUCAUCCAGGACUACUACUGCGACCUCUCGCCCCUCCAGCAGAAGCUCUACAACGACUUUGCUGCCAAGCAGAAGGCCAACGAGAUGGUGGCAACUGCGAUCAAGGGCGAGGGCGAGGAAGGGAAGAGUAAGGAGGGAGGAGGGGUCGCCAGUCACAUCUUUCAGGCUCUGCAGUACCUUCGCAAGCUGGCGAACCAUCCUAAGCUCGUGCUGGGCCCCUCGCACCCUGAGAUGGCCAGGGUGGCGCAAGAGCUCAAAUCAAAGAACAUGGACCUCUCAGAUAUCUCCCUCGCACCCAAGCUCGUUGCCUUGAAGGAGCUGCUUCAAGAGUGCGGCAUCGGCGCCGCGAGUGAGGACGAGGAAGGGGAUCUGAUGCAGCAGGAGGCGAACGAGGACUCGAGGCAUCGGGUCCUCAUCUUCGCUCAGAUGAAGACCAUGCUCGACAUCAUCGAGAACGAUCUCCUCAAGAAGCACCUCCCCUCCGUCACCUACCUCCGCAUGGACGGCUCGACGCCCAACAACGGUCGCUUCGAGAUCCAGCAGAAGUUUAACAGUGACCCAUCCAUCGACAUUCUCAUGCUCACGACACACGUCGGAGGCCUCGGGCUGAACCUCACGGGAGCAGACACCGUCAUCUUCGUCGAGCACGACUGGAACCCCACAAGAGACCUGCAGGCCAUGGACCGCGCGCAUCGCAUCGGGCAGAAGAAGGUUGUCAACGUGUACCGGCUCAUCACUCGCAACACGCUGGAGGAGAAGAUCAUGGGGCUGCAGCGGUUCAAGCUCUCCAUCGCCAACUCCGUCAUCAACGAGGAGAACGCCUCCCUCCGCAACAUGGACACUUCCCAGCUGCUUGACCUGUUCAGCCCAGCUGAAGGAGCCACCAUGAAGAAGGAAGCCGCGGGGAAGGAAGAGGAGAAGGCAGCAGGGACAGGCAAGCUGUCCCAGGUGCUCCAGAACUUGGAAGAACUCUGGGACGAAGCUCAGUACGAGGAAGCGUUCAACAUCGACAACUUCGUCUCGUCGUUGGGGAAGUAG